AUGAAGGUUGCCUCUUGAUGCCGAUUUCUCAUGCAGCGCUUCUUGGUGCCUGAAAUCACAGAGGAUGGGGAAGCAUGGUCUCCUAAAUAUGCAGCAAAGCAGCAGUUCAAGGCUGUUGAUUCGGAAGCUAUAGCUUUUGUUUACUUGCUAUCUGUAGCCAUGCGAAUGCCAAGGGGAAGCCAGCCUCCCCACUCUUUUCCUCCUCCUCCUGCUUCACCCUCUCUAUAACCAUCUUCAUCCUGCCUUUUCAGCUUACUUGAAAAAGGGAAGCAAGCAUUGUCUAGUGUGUGGGUGGUACUGAGGAACCAGCAAAGUCCCCUCUCUGAGCUUUGCCCUGCCACCAAUCAACGAUGCCAGUUUCUCAGUGGAAGAGGUGAGAGAAAUCAGCUACAGAAGUUCCGUUUGGAACAUACCAACACUUUUGCGUUGUUUCUGCAUUCCACAUAUAUGUAUGUAUAGAUAUAUUAAUAUAUCCACUUACAUAUAGUGUAUAGGUACUCUGUUUAUAUGAAUUCAAUUAAAGGAUCGAUCUGUGGGCUGACACAGUCCCAUCUCUUUUUCUUGCACUUCACCACUUGUGCUCUAAAGUGAUCCAGCAAAGGGAGGAGAGGGAUGUUCAGCUCUCUCCAGAGGGGGUGAGCCCCUUUGCUUGGUUCUCUGUAUCUCCCACAGACUGUUUACCUGGUUUCUUUCUCAGAGCUGGUGGGGUGUCCCACCACGACUUUUGUGCUAGCCCCUCCCUCUUUGAUGCUCUUAACCCGGUAAGGGUGCACGGGAGGUGGCAUGGCAGCAGCUAUUGCAAGUGGACUGAUCCGCCAAAAGCGUCAGGCAAGGGAGCAACACUUGGACCGUCCGUCCGCCAGCAAGAGGCGCAGCAGCCCUAGCAAAAACCGAGGCCUUUGUAAUGGCAAUCUGGUGGAUAUCUUCUCCAAAGUACGAAUCUUUGGCCUCAGGAAAAGAAGGCUCAGACGGCAAGAUCCCCAGCUCAAGGGCAUAGUGACCAGGUUAUAUUGCAGGCAAGGUUAUUACUUGCAAAUGCAUCCAGAUGGAACUCUCGAUGGAACUAAAGAUGACAGCAGCAAUUCCACUUUAUUCAACCUCAUACCAGUUGGUCUCCGUGUUGUUGCAAUCCAAGGUGUAAAGACAGGGUUAUAUAUAGCAAUGAAUGGAGAAGGCUACCUGUACACGUCUGAACUUUUCACUUUGGAAUGCAAAUUUAAAGAGUCUGUUUUUGAGAAUUAUUAUGUUAUCUACUCGUCUAUGAUAUACAGACAGCAGGAAUCUGGGAGGGCCUGGUUCUUAGGUCUCAACAAAGAAGGUCAAGUUAUGAAAGGAAACAGAGUCAAGAAAACGAAACCAGCAGCUCAUUUUCUACCCAAGCCAUUGGAAGUUGCCAUGUACCGAGAACCAUCUUUGCAUGAUGUUGGAGAAACAGUGCCGAAGACUCGGGUGACUCCAAGUAAAAGCACAAGUGCAUCUGCAAUAAUGAACGGGGGCAAACCAGUUACUAAGAGUAAGACAUCAUAGCUACGCCCUCAAGGGUGUUGUGACUUAUCGAGCCCUCUGCACACUUGAGCAUUUUAUCCCCCACCAGACUGUCCUAACUCCAGUGUCAACCAAGUGAACACACACUGGCUCUUUGCUGUUUCUGAAUCAACAUGUUAAAGAUGGAUAAUUAUCAGUGUGUAGCUCCUUCCUCCACUAGAAGACACCUGUGGAACCAGCUAAGCUCAGACCAUGGAAUGCCCUACCAGAUAUGGAAUGCCUUUUUAAUAUCUUUUCCGUGACUGUGACACUUCAUGUGAAUGACAUACUUCACAAGUUCACUUGAUACCUUGCCUGCUGACGAUUACCUUUACCCCUCUUUUAAAGUCCAAUUACAGCGAAAUCGAUGUGUUUAAGUUCUAUUUUGUAGCACACAAAUAUUAAGUAAUUUCUAGUUAGACGCUGUAAAACUGUGCUAUUAUGGAUUUCUCUAACCCUUUUUGUACAAGGCUGCUUGCACCACUGUCUGUGACCUUUUGCAGGGAUUGCGUUCCUCUAGAACUUGAAUGUUUUAGGUGGCUUAGUUCUGAAAGCAAUCAGGGAAUCAGGAAGCCUUCAAACAGCUAAUCUAUGACACGUCUUUAUGAAAUACUGGUCAAGUGUGGAAACAUUUUAGCAACAGAUUCUGUGCUCUGCAGGUUGGCAUUAUAGUAGAGGGAAACGUGUCAAACACUACCAGUGGGGAGUAGGCCAAAACAGUGUUUGACAUCCCUAUACUUUCCUUUUUGUGUGUGUUUUAUACAUAUCACAAGCUUACUGGUAAUGGUAACAUUUGCCUUGCCCAGUAAGAAAGACCCGCCAGUUUUUAAGAUGGUGGGUCCAUAGAACUCUGUAGGCCUUGUAGGCCUGAAUUAAGGCUCAUUUUUCAUCUACAAUUCCUCAUAAUUUAAAAACCAGUAUGAUUAACAAGAAUUCCGCUACCUACAGUAAUUCUAUUUUGAAAUAAAAAGGUCCUUCCUGUUUUUAUGAAAAUCAGUUUAAGAUCAUGCCCAUCUUUGGCAGUUCCCUAGAUUUCAUUAAGCUACGCAUGGGCGCGUUGGAUGUUGUGUCCCUCUUUUUUUUUUUUUGCAACAGCAAUGCAAGUGGUUACAAACCAUCAUAUCCUGAAAUUUUCCUGUUUAAUAUACUGGAUAAAUGAAUAAAAUAUUUUAGCUAAGCAUGCAGAGUCCAGUACAAUUAAUUUCCACACCAAUUCCUACAUACUUCUACCACAGAGCUUUCAGGAAACCAGAAUUUCUACGUUAAAGGUGCCUUGCUUAGGUUACGGUAAACAAACCCAGUUUAUGUGGAAACAUAAAACCCAAGCAUAUCAGAAGUAUUUA